CAUACAGAUGCAUACCUCAUUAGCUUUAUGCUAUUUUAAUACAAGUAUCACCAUGAACAUGCCCUUGUUGUUCUUUUGGUUUGUCCUCACAGGCACCGGAUUUGUUUCUGCGCUUCCAUGUAUGAACACCAGCUUCUUUACACCAUUUUCUAUUUACGACACAAACCGACGCCUUCUGCUCACAUCUCUUGCUUCUAAUGUCACGGCUCACCGCGGUUUCUACAGCGCCUCAAUAGGCCAACCUCCUAACAGAGUGUACGCCGCGGGGAUGUGCAUUCCUGGUACAGAACCAGAGAUUUGUUCAACUUGUAUAAUGUCUGGAUCGAAUGCGUUAAUACAGAUGUGCCCCAAUCAGAAAGAAGCUUCUUUAUGGCAAUCAAUUAGAACUCUUUGUAUGAUCAGAUACUCAGACAGUUCCUUCAUCGGUUUGCUUGAGUUAGAACCACGUGUUACGCUGUUCAAUUCUAUGGAUCUCAAAAUGAAUGCAACUGAGUUUACUAGAGUAUGGAAGGAAUUAACUCUCCGUAUGGUACAAGCAGUUUCCACAAAUAAUGACACAACGUGGUCUGGUGGUCAGUACUAUGCAGCCGAUGUAGCAGCUUUGCCAGAUUCUCAGACACUCUAUGGACUCAUGCAGUGCACUCCUGAUCUGUCGAACGCUGACUGUAAUAUUUGUCUCCAAGCAAGUGUUAAUAACUACCAGCAGCUUUUCCUUGGGCAGGAAGGAGGGAUUAUUAUAAGGCUAAGCUGUUUUUUCCGAAUCGAUUUAUAUCCCUAUUUCGGAGCUUUUCAUGAUAUUAUAGCAACAUCUCCAUCGACACAACCUGUAUCUAAACCUCCACCUCCUCCAAAAACAUCUCUAACCAAUAGUGCCAACGUUACCAAGACAGGUAGUGGAAAAAUGUCAACAGGAACUAUUGUGGCAAUUGUUGUUGCCAUUGUAGUUAUCGUCAUCAUCUUGGGAGUGCUUGUAUGGAAAUUUUUCUGGAGGAGAAAACCCAAUCAGGAGAUUUGUUUUGAUCAAUCUGAUAUUGAGAUUGCACACUCCCUGCAAUUCGAUUUUAAGACAGUUGAAGCUGCAACAGACAAAUUUUCAAGGAGUAACAAGCUCGGUCAAGGUGGAUUCGGAGAAGUUUACAAGGGUACGUUACCUAAUGAAAAAGAAAUUGCAGUAAAAAGGCUGUCAAAGACAUCAGCACAAGGUGCACAAGAGUUCAAGAACGAGGUUGUUGUUGUCGCAAAACUUCAGCAUAGGAAUCUUGUUAGGCUUCUUGGGUUUUGUCUCCAAGGAGAAGAAAAGAUUCUUGUUUAUGAGUUUGUCCCGAAUAAAAGCCUUGACUACUUUCUCUUUGACCCUACAAAGAAAGGACAGUUAGAGUGGAAGACACGGUACAACAUUAUUGAGGGAGUCACUCGAGGCAUUCUUUAUCUUCAUCAAGAUUCACGGCUAACGAUCAUACAUCGUGACCUCAAAGCGAGUAACAUCCUAUUGGAUGCUGAUAUGAACCCAAAGAUUGCUGACUUUGGGAUGGCAAGGAUCUUUGGUAUGGACCAAAGUGGAGCUAAUACGACCAGGAUAGUUGGGACACCCGGUUACAUGUCCCCCGAAUAUAUGAUUAAUGGCCUAUUCUCAAUGAAAUCUGAUGUUUAUAGCUUCGGGGUCUUAGUUCUUGAGAUUAUAUGCGGCAGGAAGAACAGCAGCUUCCACCCGACGUCAGACACUAUGGUUGAUAAUUUAGUCACCUACGCUUGGAAGGUUUGGAGAGAUGGGUCACCGUCAGACCUCUUGGAUCCAACCAUUGCAGAGAAUUAUCAGAGUGAAGAAGUGACGAGAUGCAUCCACAUUGCCCUCCUAUGUGUUCAGGAUGAUCCAAUUCAUCGUCCCAACCUGUCGACAAUCAUGUUGAUGCUGAGUAGCAAUACCCUCGACUUACCUGUUCCUCACCGUCCUGGAUUCUUCCUUCCAAAUAGAGGCAAUCAAGAACGAGGUUCUGAGGGCAUUGAGUCGACCAAGUCUAUGAUGUGGUCCAGUUCUCAAAGUAUCAAUGAUGUAACCAUCACAGAUCUGGAUCCCCGUUAAGAAUGAUGUUCCUGAUGGAGUUGCAGAACCGACAAGAAGAGUAUCAAACCAGACCAAGGUUCCUAACCAGAAGUUUAUGUCUUGAUUCAAUUCUUGGUUCGGAUUUCUUUAAGGGUUUUAUGUUUUGAAUUGUUUUCGAUAAUAAGGAGAAGAAUCGGUCUUCCUAUGGAAUAGGAACCAUCUUUCCACUUUCCCAUUUUCCUGCAAUGUAGGAGCUACGACUCCAUUUCCCUUUCUUGUACUUCUGUAUUUAAACUAAAUGAAAAGCCAAAAAGAGACAAUCCAAAA